AUUGGAUGUGACUGCAAGUUUAAGCACUCAAAACAACCUCCAAAGUCUUAGAUUUUAGAGAGAGAGAGACAUACCAAAACAGCCUUAAACACAUACCUAACUAAACUCUAGAGAGAGAAAGAAACUGACCCCUUGUUUUUUUUUUUUUUUUCCUGACUGUGUCUGUGUCUUUGUGCAAUGUUCUCCUCUUCCGUUCAUGCCUUGAUGUGUGGGGUUCAGAGAGGACAUCCUUAUUGACCUCUCUGAAUUCCCAGUCACAUAAGCCUUCUGUUUUUCUUUUCUUGGCCAAGAAAGUGCGAGGAAAGUCUGAAGAAUUUUGUCUUUAUUGCCAAGUUAUGAAUUCGGUUGAGUUCUUUUGAUUGGCUCAUGUAGUACCUUGUAUGGUUUUCUUGGUGGUGGUGGACUGUUGGUCAUAGUUUGUACAUAUGGCUCCUGUGAUGUAUAGAAGCUUUAAAUGGUUGCAUGGACACACUAAACUAGAUGCAAAAGGACUUACUUUUGGCAACUAAUGCUGGCUAUGAGACGGUUCUGUUUAAGGCAUCAUUGAGCACAGAAUCAAGUUUCCAUGAAUCAAGUUAAGCUGCAAGAAGUGUGUCUGGAUGACCUGGUUUUACAUUUUAUUCUGUUUAGCCGACUGCUUUCCAUGAGGUUUUGGCAAUUGGCACUGGACCAACCUGGCAGAAAGUUUGGCUUCUAGCAGGGCAAAUCUUCUUUGGCGAUAUAAAUUCCUUUUUAAGAGUUGAUAGUAAUAAUUAGACGUUAAGAGUAAGUUCUUUAGGGCAAAUCUCCUUUGGCAAAGUUACUGAAGUUCCCUCCCUAUAAAGGGCAGAUCUUCUUUGGCAUUAAAUUAUUUUCUCUCUGUUGAGCUUCACUCCGAUCUGCAACAGUUGUGGCUCAUCAAUUUAUCAGCUGUGCAGUACAAUCUUCUUUGGAAGUUUCUUCUUGCAGAAGCUUCAGUCCAUUUGUUGGGCAAAUCUCCUUUGGCAUUUGGAGUCCUUGUUGACUCCUGUUAUCCCUUUAGGGCAAAUCUCCUUUGGCAUUAGGAAGUCCUUAGUUGGCUUCCUGUUAUCCCUUUAAGGCAAAUUUUGGUGUUUUGAACAUCAUCUCUUCCUUUAAAGGUUAAGAUAUCCAUAUUGAUCCUCAGCAUCAUUUGAGAAAACAUAUAUUUUCAACCCAUUCCACAUUAUCAGCACCUGUAGUUCAAUCCUACGGCACACCACCAUUUAGUUAUCUUCUGCCAGUGUGUUUAUCAUAGCAUUACAGUGGCGCUGAUCUUGGACAGUUGCUUGAAAAAGUGUUAAUUAAACGAGGUGAAGUUUAGAUAUAUCAUUGUAUGUGAUGGAUAUGCUCCGCAGCGACUCUGAUUGGGAAAGUUGCAGUGAUAAUGGUAGUAGCAGUGAGGACAUAGAGGAACUUGACUUUCUGUAUGGCGGGAGGGCUAGCAGCAUUUUCUCUAGUCUGGAGGAAAGCAUAGGGAAAAUUGAUGAUUUCCUCUCAUUUGAGAGGGGCUUUGUACAUGGGGACAUUGUUUCUUCUGUGACUGAUCCAUCUGGACAGAUGGGCAGAGUUGUAAAUGUUAAUAUGCUUGUCAACUUGGAAAAUAGGCAUGGAAAAAUCAUAAAGGAUGUUGAUUCAAAGAAACUUUUGAAGAUUCGAUCCAUUUCAGUGGGGGAUUAUGUGGUUCAUGGGCCAUGGAUAGGAAGGGUUGAUAAAGUUGUUGACAAUGUCACUGUUGUAUUUGAUGAUGGGACAUCUUGUGAGGUUACUGCAGUGGAUCAAGAAAAGCUCUUGCCUAUUUCUUCUAACAUACUUGAAGAUCCGACAUAUCCAUAUUAUCCAGGACAGAGAGUACGGAUUAGGCUCUCAGCAGUGUCUAAAUCAGCUAGAUGGUUAUGUGGAGUUUGGAAGGAAAAUCAGGAUGUAGGGACUGUUUCUGCUGUAAAAGCAGGUUUAGUGUAUGUUGAUUGGCUUGCCUGUGCUCUUGUUGAUUUGAGUUUGCCUGCUCCUCAGCGUUUGCAGGAUGCGAGAAACUUGACUUUGUUGUCAUGCUUCUUGCAUGAAAAUUGGCAGCUUGGUGAUUGGUGCAUGCUUCCCCUGGCUGAUUGUAAGGGUAUGAAUGGGCAGAUAUUUUUUGAUGCAUCUAUCAUUAAGAUCAUUAAAGAGGACAGGAGGAUAGGCCAUGGGUUUAAGGGACAGAACCCUUACUUGAAUUUUCAGGAUAUAUUUGUUAUUGUGAAGACAAAAACCAUUGUUGAUGUUGUGUGGCAGGAUGGUGGGUGCUCGCAGGGAUUGGAUUCACAGUCUCUGCUUCCUGUAAAUAUUGUAAAUGCUCAUGAUUUCUGGCCAGGGCAGUUCGUAUUAGAGAAGGGUGCUUGUGAUGAUCCACAUGUUUCAGGUAACCAAAAAUGGGGUGUUGUGAAUUGUGUGGAUGCGAAGGAACGGACUGUUAUGGUGAAAUGGAAAUUCAUUGGAGUGAACCAGGUUAACAAUGUAGGAAGUGGUCAGAUUGAGGAAACUGUUAGUGCUUACGAGCUAGUUGAACACCCUGACUACUCCUACUCUUAUGGGGAUAUUGUAUUUAAAAACUUGGAUCAGGCUAAUAAAGACCAUGUGAACAGAGAGACUGGAAUGAAUGCAGAUGCUCCCCUCGAAGGAAGUGACCAUGGUAAAGAUCAGGUUGAUUACCUGUGCUGUAUCGGCUAUGUGACUGGCUUUGAAGAUGGUAGCGUUGAGGUGACUUGGGCUUCUAGUCUCAAAACCAAGGUUUCACCUAAUGACAUUUUUCGAAUUGAUAAAAAUGAAGUUUCAGCUGAAACAAUGGUGCAACAUGAACAACGUGAAGAGGAAGUGAAUCAAGAGACAGUUGAUCAUGACAAACAAUUUUCAGUCCUGAAAGGAAAGGACUUGCUAAAUUCCAUUAGCAUUGGUGAUGAGAGCACUAAGUGCCCAUGGGAAUCCAGUUCCUUUUCCCUUCUUCCUCAAUCUGCACUUGGAUUUUUCUCAAGGAUUACAGGAGGUAUAUUUGGACCCUUUGGUUCCACAUCAGUGUCUGGCCCAGUAGCAUCUGACCUUAUUUCUGAAGAUGGAAAUGAAUUCAAGACACCUGAAGAGAAAGAAAAUCCGGAAGCUUGUGAUCUGUGCAUGGAGAUGCAACCUUUAGUAGCUGGUGACAUGCUGAGAUUUGAAGGGACAAAUUUAAAGCUAGAAAUCAAUGAUGAUCAGGAGAGCAAAGAACAUCGAUCUUCAUCUGCCAGCAAGAGACCAGAACGGUUUGAUCAAUUUGAUAUGGUUGCUGAUUGUUCUGACCACCACUUUCUUGAUGGAGCAGGGAAUGUGCCAGCAUUGUCUCAGGUGAAAAGAGGUUGGUUGAGGAAGGUUCAACAGGAGUGGAGUAUUCUAGAAAAGAAUCUUCCUGAGUCAAUCUAUGUCCGCAUCUAUGAGGAUAGGAUGGAUCUUCUUCGAGCAGCCAUUGUUGGUUCAAAUGGAACUCCAUAUCAUGAUGGACUGUUCUUUUUUGAUAUAUUUCUUCCUCCAGGGUAUCCACAUGAACCACCUCUGGUGCAUUAUCAUUCUGGUGGACUUCGGGUCAAUCCAAAUUUGUAUGAGUCUGGAAAAAUCUGUCUGAGUCUCCUCAACACAUGGACAGGCACAGGCUCUGAAGUAUGGAAUCCAGAAAGCUCCAGUAUUCUUCAAGUUCUUCUCUCCCUCCAGGCCCUUGUGCUUAAUGAAAAACCCUACUUUAACGAGGCUGGGUAUGAUAAGCAGAUAGGAAGAGCUGAGGGAGAGAAAAACUCUAUAAGCUAUAACGAAAACGCAUUCCUUAUGACCUGGAAAUCCAUGCUUUACCUGCUCCGCCAACCACCAAAGCAUUUUGAGCCACUCAUAGAGGAGCACUUAAAGCUACGUUCUCAGAAUAUUCUAUUGGCUUGUAAAUCAUAUCUGGAAGGAGCUCCGGUGGCGUAUGCACUUGACUCUGGAAGCACCGAGCAUGAAAAUCAAAAGGGUGGUUCGACAGGGUUCAAAAUCAUGCUUGGAAAGCUCUUCCCAAAGCUCGUAGAGACAUUUUCUGGUAAAGGAAUCGAUUGCAGCCGAUUCACUGAGGAAGAGAAAUGAAUGUUCAUAGCAAGGCAUUCCUCCCAUAUCUAUAAUUCUAUAUGAUAUCAUCGUGUUCUUGGUGGUUUUAAGUCUUCGUGUGAUCUCAUUGUGUGCGCAUGCUGUGUGAGAACCAAAAAAAAAGGAAAAAAAAUAUAGUAAAUAUUUUUAGAGUCUUGGUGUUGUAAAUGUAUUUAUGCUAUGGGUUGCAACAAAAAUUGAUCAUGAGAAAGAUGUAUUAUCUAAAAAAAAAAAAAUGUAUUGUGGGCUGCAGAAAACCUUGAAUAAUGUAAUAAAAUUUGGAUUGGUGUGUAAA